AUGAAGUUCGGCGAGCAGCUCCGUUCGAGCAUCAUCCGCGAGUACCAGUGGUACUACAUCGAUUACGAUGCCCUCAAGGCCGACCUGAAGACGGCCACCGGCCCGAUAACCUCGACCACCGAUAAUGGCAAGGGGAAGAGCGUCAAGAGGGAAUGGUCCGAGGAGGACGAGGGCCGCUUCGUCAAGAAGCUCGAGGCCGAGCUCGACAAGGUCCACACGAAACAACAAGUUAAGGCGAUGGAGAUUUCGAGGCGCAUCGCCGUGAGCCAGCGCGAGGUGGAGAGCGUCGUCAGCCGUCUCAACGAGCGAGGUCUUCGCGAAGAUGGGCCCCCUGAGGAGGAGUUCAUGCUCUUGGAGGAGGACUUGAGCGACAUCAUUGCCGACGUCCACGAUCUCGCCAAGUUUGUCCAGCUCAACUACACUGGGUUCUAUAAGAUUAUCAAGAAGCACGACAAAAUGACUGGCUGGCACCUGAAACCCGUCUUCGAUACCCGACUCAAGGCGAAGCCGUUUUACAAGGAGAAUUACGACGCGUCAGUCGUCAAGCUCUCGAAGCUGUACGACUUGGUCAGAACCAGAGGCAACCCGGUCAAGGGCGACAGCGCAGCUGGCGGUAGCCAAGGAAGCUUCGUCCGUAACACGACCAAGUACUGGGUUCAUCCAGACAACGUCACGGAACUGAAGCUCAUCAUCCUGAAGCAUCUGCCUGUCCUGGUCUUUAACGCCAGCAAGGAGUUCGAGACUGCGGACUCGGCGAUCACAUCCAUCUACUACGACAACCCGGAAAAGUGGGACCUGUACGAGGGACGUUUGAAGAAAACCGAAGGCGCAGAAGCCAUCCGUCUCAGAUGGUACGGUGGUAUGCAGAGCGAGAACAUCUUUGUUGAGCGCAAGACACAUCGUGAGGACUGGACCGGAGAGAAGUCUGUCAAGGCUCGUUUCUCGCUUAAAGAAAAGAACGUCAACUCGUACAUGCGGGGAGAGCUUCUCCCGGCAGCUUUAUUCGAAAAGGCGCGCAAAGAGGGCAAGAAGCCUGAAAAGCAGAUUGCCGAAGACGAGAGACUCGCCGCGGAGGUUCAGUACUCGGUGCUCAAGAAGGGAUACCAGCCCGUGUGCCGAUCCUUCUAUAACCGUACUGCCUUCCAGCUCCCUGCCGACGCUCGUGUCCGUAUCUCCCUCGAUACGGAGCUGACCAUGGUUCGGGAGGACAACCUCGAUGGUGUUCAACGCUCUGGCGACAACUGGAGGCGGAUGGAUAUCGGCAUUGACUAUCCCUUCUCACAGCUCCCCCCAAGCGAUGUUGUGCGUUUCCCCUAUGCCGUUCUGGAAGUCAAGUUGCAGACGCAACUUGGCCAGGAGCCCCCGGAAUGGGUGCGCCAGCUCAUCUCCAGUCACUUGGUCGAGGCUGUGCCCAAGUUCUCCAAGUUUAUCCACGGAGUUGCCUGCUUAUUCCCAGAGCGUAUCAACCUGCUCCCGUUCUGGAUGCCCCAAAUGGAUGUCGACAUUCGGAAGCCGGCCACGCAUGACUUUGGUAUCCACAGACAAAUACAGUCGAACACGGUCACGACAUCAGACGAUGAAGACGACGAAGACGAUCUCGACUCCGACGAUGAAGACGGACCUUUGAUCCCCAGCAAUAACGGUGCGUCAAAUGGCGCUUCCAAUGGCGAGUCCAGCCGUCACGGAGCCAGGAACGGCGCCGCCGACAUCGAAGACCAGACCGCCAACGACCUUGUCGAGGAGGACUUUUUAUACGACUCGGACGAGGAGUACGACGCCGAUGAGGCCCUCGAGGAGGCUCGCAGGGUUGGUGGCUUGACCUACUAUUCGACUCUCGCGUCAACGAAGGCUCGCGCUCUCGGAGCGGGUGCGGUGGAGGUGCUGAAGGCGGUCGUACCUCACCCCAAGGGCUCCCAGAUUCCCCGACGAGAGAACCUGGUGGCGCUUUACGGCGACGGUCCCAUUCAGACCAAGAGAUUUAAGGCGCCCAAGGGCAAGAAGAUUUACGUCCCCGUCCGCGUCGAGCCCAAGGUCUACUUUGCGGCCGAGAGGACCUUCCUCGGCUGGCUCGAAUACUCCAUCUACGUCGGCACCGUCGCCGUCACCCUCCUCAACUUCGGCUCCAAGCCCACCAGAUCCUCCUUCAUCGUCGCCGGAGUCUUCACCCUCCUCGCCAUCCUCUCCCUCUGCUACUCCGUCGUCAUCUACCUGUACAGGAGCAGGGCCAUCCGCACGAGGAGGGCCGCCAAGUUCUACGACAAGUGGGGCCCCAGCGCGCUCUGCGGGUCGUUGUUCUUCGCCGUCGUGCUCAACUUCGUGUUUGAGGGUAGAGAGCGUCAGUACUGGUAA